UGUGGACCUCCCUCAAGCAAUUUCCGAGCUUCUUUUUUUUUUUGGGAAAAGUCGGCUUCAAUCCAGUCAUUUCGUCGUUGUGUGCCAUGGCUGCUGCCACUUCUCAGAAGCAAGGUGAUGAUACAAAAGCAAUUAUGGAUUCAACCGUUGGAUUGCCUGCUUUGGAGAUCUCUGCUGCAUUCCCUCAGGCAACCCCAGCAAAAAUAUUUCCUGCCAUGGUAUCCGAUUAUUAUCAGUUUGAUGAUCUGCUAAAUUUUGAGGAGCGGUCCUUGCAGAAAAAAGUUCGAGAAGUGAUGGAAAAAGAAGUUGCUCCAAUAAUGGCAGGGUACUGGGAGAAGGCAGAGUUUCCCUUCCAUGUUAUUCCAAAGCUUGCCGCACUAGGUGUUACUGGUGGGACAAUAAAGGGUUAUGGGUGCCCAGGCCUUUCAAUCACUGCUAGUGCUCUUGCUAUAGCAGAAAUUGCUAGAGUUGAUGCUAGCUGCUCCAUCUUUAUAUUGGCACAUUCUUCUUUGGCGAUGCUUACAAUUGGACUUUGUGGAUCAGAGGCCCAAAGACAGAAAUAUUUGGCAUCUUUAGCACAAUUAAAUACCAUUGCUUGUUGGGCUUUAACCGAGCCGGAUCAUGGAAGCGAUGCAAGCUCUUUGAGUGCCACUGCAGUGAAGGUCAAUGGAGGUUGGGUAUUGGAUGGACAGAAGCGCUGGAUAGGAAAUAGCACUGUUGCUGAUGUGUUCAUUAUUUUUGCGUGGAACACGAGUACAAAGCAGAUAAAUGGCUUUAUUGUGAAGAAGGGUUCCCCUGGUUUGAGUGCGACCAAAAUUGAGAACAAAAUUGGCCUAAGAAUUUUUCAGAAUGGAGAUAUUCUCUUAAAGAAGGUAUUUGUCCCAGAUGAGGACAUGCUACCAGGUGUCAACUCAUUUCAAGAUAUCAGUAAGGUACUAUCUGUCUCCCGAAUUAUGGUUGCAUGGCAGCCAAUCGGCAUAUCGAUGGGUGUGUUUGACAUGUGCCACAGGUAUCUGAAGGAGAGGAAACAGUUCGGAUUUCCACUUGCAGCAUUCCAAAUCAAUCAGGAAAAAUUAGUUCGC